UUUUGCAUUGCAUAAUGUAAAACUGUACUUUGAAUUUGUUGUCCUGGUUGAUAUUGAUCGGUGGUGGCUAUUACUUCAUAUGGCAACGAACCAAUGGGCUGAGAUCUGGCUUGUCCAUGAUUUGGUUGAUUAAAUCGUUCCGGUUUAACACCUGUUCUUACAUAGAAUUUGUCAAUUUUUCUCUUUCUUUCUUAAUAUUAAAACAAAAAUGACUGUCCGAAAAUAACACGUACAUGUAUCGGCUGGCCCACCAUCUGGGAAGCAAUUUACCACAACAAAAACGGCACACAAUAAAAUGGCCUGAUUUAUUUGACGAAACAUUGUCGCCGAAAUAAAAACAAAAACAAUAACAAAAAAUCACUCAAAAUAAAAUGACAAUCAAAUCCACACAAAUACACCAAAUGCAAGAUCGUCGAUAGAGAAAAAUGAUUCGCUACUGGUCGACUGUUCAACUAGAGAUCAUACAAUGAGCACAACUAAAACGAUCUUAGAAAAUGUAAUGAACUAUAAAUAAAACGACAAAUACGCAGAAAUCGAAUGAUUGGCGAAUUCUGGGGAGUCGAUCCAACAUGUUGGAUUUAAUCGAAGUGGCGUCAACAUGAAACCAAUUAGGGCUUCUGUGUAUCGAGAAGCCCGUAUGCAUAUGCAAAGCAAUUGUGUAAAUCAAUUAAAUAGCGGUCAUGUAAUGAGCAAAAUAAGUGGAUCGUCUUCAAAUCGAUCACGGCUUCAUCGGAGGAGCCAUUAUCGUCAAGUGCACCAAAUAAAACAACAAUCACAAUACCAACACUCAUUUUUAUCAGCAAUGUCAGCGAUUCAAACGAUGCUGUCCAUUUUAUCGAUAUGGGCAUUUUAUAUGUUGUUUUUUACAAAUGCCAUUACAUUUGUUGCUGCAAAUAGUUUGACUGGAAAUGACGGCAAAAAUGGUGCUUUCACCGAGCUACCGACAACAACUGAAUUUGAUUAUGCGAACCGAGGGAAGAAAAAGUUUGGCGACAAAUGUGAAACAACGUAUGAAUGUGGCUUUCCCGACUCAAUAUGCGAUUCAAAAAAGAGGUCGUGUCAAUGUAUCGAGGAGCUUCCCGUCACUAAUCACAUUGAUAAAUGCGGAAAGGAGGCGUCAGUUAAUGAAAGUUGCUUUUUCAAUGAGCAAUGCGAGGCGUCCAAUUUUCUAACUGGAUGCCGCGAUGGAAAAUGCAGUUGUCGCUUUGAAAUGUCGCCAAUUUUGAAUAAAGACGGAACCAUUGAAUGCAAAGACACGCGAGAGUCUCGAACACCAGAGAGAUACGUCGAUCCAGCGAUGAUUGGAAUCCUUGCCGGAAUGGCGCUCAUGUUUAUUAUUAUAUGCGUUGUUUUACGUCUAUUCAGUCGAGCACGAUGGCGUGAAAAUCGAACUAUUUUCAAUACGCCAAAUCCACGUUUGAUGAACGUAUCUCUGCUACGAGAUAAUAAACUGAUGCACAGCCAAGAACGUCGUGGUUCGCGUAUGUCGAUGCGGAUGCCAUCCCGUCAACCGAGCAUGGUAUCAUUACGUCCGCAUUCACCGAAUCCAUCGAUAGGUAGGCAAGGUUCACGACGAUGCUCUCGAAACAAUAGCAACACAUCGGCCGCAUCAACACGAUCAAAUCGAAGUGGUAGCACUGCACACAGUGCAUCGAAUCGAGGUAAUCAUCAUAAUGACGGAAAAUAUCGAACAGCAACAUUGUACGAAACCAAAUCGUGCAAUUCAUCGACCGAUCGAAAUGGCAGCGAUAAAAACAACGAUCCCAAAGUGGCUAAUGUCACAUUGCCCAUCAGUUCAAGUUCACACUCAAGUGCUGGAAUGGUAAACAUCUAAAGAAGAGAGAGAGAUAGACAGCGACAAGGUAUUGAAUCGAUGUUAUGUGCGAUGGAUCAUAUUAAGAUAAAUGACGGGAACCAAAUGUGUGUGUUUUUCUUUUGUAAAAGAGAGACAAUUAGUCAUUUGUCCUUCUCGACGAAAUGUACUUCCAUAUGCAAAAAAAAGUCGUAUUAUCAUCAGUAGUGCUUAAAGUCAUAAUCGAAAUUAAAACUCUCUUUCUUUCGUUAGUUCAUCAUCAGUGAUAGUGAUCAGGAUAAUUUAAGUGCAUUUGUCUAUGUAAAAAAAAACACUUAUAUAAUUAUACUUUUAUCCAGAAGUGCAUUCGACGUUAAGUAAUGACGCAAAAUUGUAGUCAGCCCACCACCAUAGCUGAUAAAUUUUGAGCAAACAAACAAUGCUUGUGAAAAUCAAAGCAAAUUGAGCACAGUUCAAUCAUUUGUGCGAGCCAGUCAGUCUAAUUCAAAUCAAACUGGAGGGAAAAGACCCUUUAAUUUUUUUGUAUUACUCCGUAUUUCCGAGUAAAUUCUAGUGUAGGCAAUUUUAGGUGAAAAAAAAAAUCAUUACAUUACAAAUUACAUUUUUUUCUUGAGCAAUUAAUUUUACCUUUUAAAACAUAAAUUAUGGCACGAAAUCACAUACACAAAAAGAUUAUGUCUGCCAUCGCAACUAGAAAUGGUUGGAAAAAUCAAAUUUAAAGCUAUUGCAUCAAAAAUAAAGAUACUAAAUGAAUGGACAUCUUCUUUGCAAUUUUAUAGGGACCAUCGAAACUCUUUUCAAAUACCAAAAUUAUCUAAAGAAAAGUGCAAAUUAAAAUGAAAAAAAAAAAAAACUAUUUAAAGGCUAAAUUAUGACUUAUAAAAACACAUUCAUACAUUGCAUACAUACAAAUAUACGUAUAUAGAAUCGUUGAAAACGUCAAGAACAAACCAGAGCAUCAACAAUUAAAUAUAAAUUGCAUUUCAAAUUGUGACAUAUACAGCAGCCAGAGAUAUAACUCCAUCGUUUAGACAAUGGAAGCGCGUUUUGAAAAGCUUUAAAGAGCAAUAUUAGUUGAACGGCUAAUUAAACCGAAAUGAACAAUCAUUAGAGCAAGCAAGUUUUCAAAUACAGCCAAAAUAACUAUACAUAGAGAUAUAUACCUAUAUUCAACAUAUAUAUAUAUAUAUAGAAAGACAACAAACAUAACUAGUGUUUUUUGUAGAUUUAAUUCAACAAAAUUAAAUAAGAACAUAGAGUUUAAAUUAAAAUCGGUAAAACAAAAUCGACAGCAGUUUAUUAGAAAUUAUUAACUCGAACUAAACAGUGUUGUUCGGGCAGACAAAUGUUCGGAAAUUUGUUCCAAUUUCAAAGCAAUCUUAUAUAGUCGAGGGCAAUUAAUCGAAAAUUGCCUAUCGAUUGAUAAUAAAUUGAGAACGGGAAUUGCAAAGAUUGAAUAUAUAUCAAGUGCGCCCGAACGCGCGCGCGCGUUCACGUCUCUACACAAGGAGUCAAGCUAUAUUUUUCAUAUGCUGAUAUUUUCAUAUGGCAGCGAUAGAGUUCAAAGUGUCUCUCGGGACGAAAGAUAUUGCAAACCAUAUUAAAUGCCUUUCUGUUUUAAGUAUACAAUAAUUUCUCAGCUGCAGAAAUAAAAUAGAACACAAACGUUGGUCAAAUCUAAAACGGAAAUGUUGAAGAAGUGUUUUCUAUCAUUUCAUCGGCUGAAAUAGUUUUCUUCAUAAAACAGCUGGGAUCAUUAUCUAAUUUUAAAUUAAUUUUUUUUUUCAACCUUUAGAUGUAACAAAACGCUUUUUUAUCUAGCAAUUUUUCCAUUUCUCGUAGAUUUAAGUAACCUCCAUUUCAAUUCACUUCGUUCAACUGUUAUAAAUUGGACUCUAUUGCAAUUAUAAUAUGUUAUUGAUUGCAAGAAAAAUAAUUUCCGUUUUUAUCAGGAAUUGUUCCUUUGAGGAGGAGAAGCAUUGAAAAGGAUCCUCUUCCUCAAAUGAGGGGGAAAAGUUUUUCGUCAAAAUGUUAUUUUUAUCACAAAAAUAUCUUUUUUGAUUAAAAUGAUUUUUCUCCUCAUUUAAGAAGGGGGAUUCUCCUCAGCGCUCUCCAUCUCCUCAUUUUCCUUCUUGCCGUUCCUCCUCCUCAGAGUAACAAUCACGGAUUUUUAUCAUUUUUUUUCUAUUCAUUAUCACCAUUUUUAAGCACCACACAUUUUUACAAAUGUUUUACUUACAUCGAUUAGUUCCAAAUUAUAUCCAAUUUUACAAGAAUGCUCAACAAAGCGAUAUUUAUAACUUAUUUUGAAAAUUUUAUUUAUCUUUAUCUAUCGUGAUUUAUUUUACCGGUAGGAACAAACAAAAUCGAAUGAACAACAAUUUAGAAGAUAUGACUAUUGUCAUUUUUAUUAGAUGCAAAAUUGCUUGGGUCGAACAAAUUACACAAAAUUUACAAAUUUAUUAAUAUAGUAAUGGAUAGUAAAAUACUUCGCUUAUUUGUUAAUAUGAACAGAUUUCGACAAAUUUUAUUGUCAAAUACAUAGAAAUCUGAUUUAGAAUAUUUCAACAAUUGAAAAUAUUAGCCGCUUAGUUAAAAUAGAGUUGCUAAUUUAUUAGAGAUUAUGUGGUUUGUGUGUGAAGCUCACGCCAAACUCAAUAUUAAGUUUUGAUAAUGUUACUUGCCAAUGGGCCAACUGACACAGAAGUUCUAUAUACAAUUUUAUGUGAUUAGCUGCAAGUAAUAGAGGAAAUAGUGCUCUCUUACUCACGUUUUUAGUAAAAUCUGGAUAACAAAAUUGUUAACGAGUCUCUGCGGCACACUUUGAGACUUCGAUAAGCUCUCAAAAUUUGCCAAUUUUCACGUAUCUUUCAUUUGGAAAUGUUUCUAAAGAUAUGAGUUUGAUAGCACGGCAUGGUUAUUUCCGCCUUUUUUUCCCCCAUGACCUUGUUGUCUUUUUUUUCAUCACCAGAGUUGUGCUAUUCAAAUCUAUUUUAAACCGCACCGUUUUCGUGCAAUUGCGACAAUCACAACAAAAUCAAGUAAACUCUCAACACUAGCAUAGACACACUGCAUCACCAAGCGGGAUGAUAAGCUUUCGCAUUCAAAAAGAUGAAAUUAAUCGCAAAAUUGAGUGAGUUUCAAAGAUGGAUGUGUAAUAUUAGUGUAAACAAUAGUUGCCGAAUGUGAAUUGAAUGAUAAUGACAAUGCUAUCAAUUUUCCGAUUGUUCGAAUAUUUUUUAUUCUCUAGCAAAUCGAAUGGUCAACUUCAUUAAAGAGAGAAAAUUAAACAUUCACAUUGAAAUCGUGCGGCACAUAUUGUACCGAUGAAAGCAAAAAAAAAAAGGAUUACGCCAACACGGAAAAGUCAGUUUUAAAUUCUCAAUAAUUAAAUGAACCAAAUAGAUGAAUUCAAUCCAAUACGUAUUUGUUUUGUUCAACAUCGUUGAAUGCCUUAUUUGCAAACUAAGAAAGCUACAGUGUUUUGGUGAAAAAGAAAAAAAAAAUUAUGAAAAUAUUCUAGUGUGUUGUAUAUAUACAUAUAUAUGUUUUCAUGUCAAACGAAAUCGAAUAUACCCAAAAUAAAUGAAAAUUCAAUCAAGUGCGACUUAUAAACGGUGCAAUUUUAUACAAAAUUUUAACUAUUUUCUUUCUUUAAAUGUCUCUUUAAAACAAAUUGAAUGAAUCUGACCAAGAAGAGACUUGCCAAUUUUACGACUACUUUUCUACAUGCAAAUUAAUUUAGGACAAUAUUUCACACGAAUUAUAUAUUCAUUUAAAUACCAAACUGACUUCUUUUAUUCUAUAAGCGUUGAAAUAAAAUGAGAAAAAAAAAAAAAAAAAAAACUAAAUAAAAAAUUCUUCUACGAAUGCUCGAAGAUUUUCGUUUUCUAUAUAUUAUAAGAAAAAUCAAUAGCCGAAAAACAAACUAAUGGGAUGGAUAUUGCUUCAAUAAUGUAGCACAUGCACAUUUAUUUUGCUUGGCAAAUAAAGAGAACGAGUUUUAUUUUUUACACUUAUCGAUUCGUAGCAAUAGAACACCAUUCUCCAUCCAACACAAAUAAUACCACUAGAUUGCACUUAUCAAAUAUAUUCGGCUUCAUUCCUCCUAAAUGCAUAUAGUAUCAUUCAUAAAUUCUAGUUUUUAGAGAAUAGUAUUUUGAUAUUCUGGGUCCGAGUUGCAAUCAUAUGAGGAAAUAAUGGAAUAUGCUUUGAUGAAAGGAUAUACAAAUGUUCAUAAUGCAUUUUACUAGAUAUUUUUCAACACCCGACUUUUGAAAUAUUCACCAAAACCCAAUUGUGAAGGUUGUUUUCCUCUCUCUCUCCCCAGAUAUCUAUUUCAAUAAGUAUAAUAACACAUGCAAUAAAUAAAGAACAUGUAUUUGAUUUAUAAUUUUGCCAAUUGAAAACAGAGAGCAAUAACAAUAAAAUGUUGUCCGCAUAAUUUGACUGUAAUUACAUUUUUCGUUAUUUAUCUCCUACGCAGACAUUUAAUCAAAGUAAAUUUAUGUUCCGCGCAUAGUUGGCAAACAAUUCAUAUUGUUUCUUUUUCUCUAUCUUACAACAUUAAAGCGAAGAAUGCUUUCGAUUUAAAUGGGGGAAGAUUUAUUGAUGAAACAUUCUUCCAUGAAAUUUCUUGUUUUCAACUACAUCUUCUAUUUCCGUUCAUUAUAAAUUUAAGAAUCCAACUAAAUAACGUUGUAGAAUUGUAGCCACUUUAAAUCAUGUACAAGACAAACUUCUUGUAUUUAAAAUAAAAAAUGAAAUUAUAAAUAAUAAUAAUAUUAUCGCAGUCACAAUUCCAACCGUUUUGAAAAGUCUGGGAAGAAUUUCAAAAUGGUUCCUCUCCACAAGCGCCCUACAUUCUAUGCAAAAUAAAUAAAAACAAAUACAAAUUUCCUUAAAAAUUAAAUUUUAGAUCGUAAGAAUAUUGCAGCUAAUACUAAAAGAAUGCAUUUCUUUUGUUACUGAAUCGAACUACUUAGUUUAAUUACCAGCAAACAAGAAACAUGUCAUGGUUUUUACAUACAAAAAAGAGACAUAUAUAUAUAACCAUAUAAAAUAGGUCAAAAUGAGGAUAUACAAAUAUACAACACAAGAAAAUAACAACUAAAUGAACAAAAAAAAAACACUCACAAUAAUUAUAUACUAUUUUAGAACUCACGAAUCACAACAUUUUUCUUGAUCUAUAGAAUGAUCUUAUCUGAUUUAUCUGAAUAAAUAUUUCUACGCUAUUUUUAUCCGAACAA